AGAGCAGCAAGAUGCUUGCCGGUGGCCCAGCGAAGCCUCUCUACGACAGCGAGCAGAUGUAAAGUAUCAUUCGAGCCGUCGUAUUUAGAUGCUGGUGGUCCCGAUGUACCAGAGUUCCCCCUAUUGAACGUGCAGAUGGAAGGAUAUGACUUCACUGUUCUCGAGCAUUACGGGAAGUGGGUUCACAGAACGGCACUCAACAUGGGUAUUGAAGCAGAAGAUAGCUGGGCAACCCCAUGCAAGAAAAUUCACAUCCAGACUUUCAAACCAAGGAGUGUUAAGGUCGAGUCAGAAUACAAUUUACACAUUUACCAGAGGACUGUACAGCUUGCCGAUGUACCUUCUCAUCUCGCACCGCUGCUAAUGGAAGUCGUUCAAGCCGGCCUUCCAGAGGGUGUGAAUUUGACUGUCCAGGAGCAUAUGCCAGAACACACAGAGGUCCGUUUCAUCCCAGAUCUGGAACUCAAGAAUUAAAGAAGCAAUUAGAUU